AACAGUAAGUGUGUUUUAAAAGCUACGAGUAUUUGUUACAGUGGGAGACUACCCAGACUACAGGAAACGGUAAACCAAGCGGACUUCUGAGACCAAUCGCUUCUAAGUUGUACUGACAAGCUAACACACAUGAGGAUAGAACUGUGACCUCAGGCAACAGCGUAAAAAAACGACAUGGACCAACGGAGUUAAGAAGUUCAAUAUCUGGAUCUCGAUCAUUUGCUAUUAUAGGCUACAUCAUUUUGCGCCCAGAAUCUCGUAAGGACUACAUCCUUCUGUUAUCAUGCCUGCCAAAACAAAGUACAAUUUAGUUGAUGAUGGUCAUGAUUUGCGAAUUCCUUUACAUAACGAGGAAGCGUUCCAACAUGGUAUAAAUUUCGAAGCGAAGUAUAUCGGUAGUCUAGAUGUGGCACGACCCAAUAGCCGCGUGGAAAUAGUUGCGGCCAUGAGAAGAAUACGGUAUGAAUUUAAAGUGAAGAAUAUCAAGAAGAAGAAAGUCAACAUAAUUGUCUCGGUGGAUGGAGUGAAAGUGGUUCUCCGGAAAAAGAAAAAGAAAAAAGAAUGGACCUGGGAUGAGAGUAAGAUGAUGGUGAUGCAAGAUCCCAUUUACAGGAUAUUCUAUGUUUCCCAUGACUCCCAGGAUUUGAAAAUCUUCAGUUACAUAGCGAGAGACGGACAGAGCAAUGUGUUCAGAUGUAAUGUCUUCAAAUCAAAGAAGAAGAGCCAGGCGAUGCGGAUAGUGCGGACUGUCGGACAGGCCUUUGAGGUUUGCCAUAAGCUCAGUUUGCAGCACACCCAGCAGAAUGCCGACGGCCAGGAGGACGGGAACAGUGACAAGACCUGCUCAGACUCUGGAGUGCAAGCCCGAGAACUGACCGGCGCGGAGAAAACGGUUGCCGAGGAAACGGAUAUCGAUGCCGAGGAGCUGCCCCUGCCAGACAGCACGGUGGACGAGUUUAACCGCGGGGUCACCGACCUGGACGCCGCCAAAGAGGAUGACAGCAAGGACAAAAAGGUCUCUGAAGAACCCUCGAUCCUGCUGGCCACUCCCAAAAUGCUCCUGCCGUCUUCCAGCCAGCUGCCGGCCAGCACGCCGCUGUCUGUCCACCACCAAAUCCAGCUCCUGCAGCAGCAGCUCACCCAGCAGCAGCAGCAGACCCAGGUGGCAGUGGCACAGGUCCACCUUCUGAAGGACCAGCUUUCUGCAGAAGCAGCGGCGAGGAUUGAAGCCCAGGCCCGAGUGCACCAGUUACUGCUGCAGAACAAAGAUCUGCUCCAGCAUAUCUCCGUACUGGUCAAACAGAUCCAGGAGCUGGAACUCAGACUAGCCGGACAAGGGUCCAUGGGAUCACAAGACAGUCUGCUUGAGAUCACCUUCCGUGCCAACGUGCCCCCUGUUCUCUGUGACCCCACCACCCCACGACCAGAGGACACCACUCUACCGACGCUCAAUGAUGGGACGCAGCUAGCCAUGCCGCUGGGAAGCCCUUUAGGUAGGGACCAGUGUCUGGUCAAGUUCGAGUGUUUUCGUUUCCUCCCGGGACCACCCCAGCAGGACCAGGGCCAGGACCAGCCCCCUCAGGGCAUCUCCCCAACACGGGACGAGUUGCUCAGUAGCUUGGAGCUGCUGAAGUUCCGCGAGUCGGGCAUAGCGUCUGAGUACGAGUCCAACACGGACGAGAGCGAUGAGCGUGACAGCUGGGGGCAGCAGGAUGACAGCACGCUGCGUCUGCUCAACGUACUAAACAAGCACAGUCCGCCAGACUGCCUGGACGACGAAAUCGCCGUUUAG